AUGACCCUCCGACUUGCGUUUCGAAGCGUGGGCCGUGCAAUGGCCACCAGGACCGCGUACCCCUCGCUGGCCCGAUCCCUGGCCACCCACGCGCCCUCCACAGAGACCUUCACCGCUUCUGCGCCUGAGGGAUCUCUGGUGGCCAAGGCCGUCGAGGCUGUCCAGAACGCUCCUGCCGGCGAUGAGCGACCCAUCUACCUGGACAUGCAGGCCACUACCCCCACGGACCCCCGUGUGCUGGACGUGAUGCUCAACUACUAUACGGACAUGUAUGGCAACCCCCAUUCGCGAACACACUCGUACGGAUGGGAGACCGACACCGCUGUCGAAAAGGCGCGAGAGGAGAUUGCCGCCCUAAUCGGAGCCGACCCCAAGGAGAUCAUCUUCACCUCCGGCGCCACCGAGUCCAACAACAUGGUCAUCAAGGGUAUUGCCCGGUUCUACAAGGGCCGAAAGCGACACAUCAUCACCACCCAGACCGAGCACAAGUGCAUUCUGGACUCGUGCCGAUACCUGCAGGAUGAGGGCUUCGAGGUCACUUACCUGCCCGUUCUGUCCUCCGGUCUCAUUGACAUGAAGCAGCUGGAGGCCGCCAUUCGACCCGACACUGCUCUGGUGUCCAUCAUGGCCGUCAACAACGAGAUUGGUGUGAUCCAGCCCAUUGCUGAGAUUGGCGCUCUGUGUCGAUCCAAGAAGGUCUUCUUCCACACCGAUGCUGCCCAGGCCGUCGGAAAGAUCCCCAUCGACGUCAACGCCGACAAGAUUGAUGUUAUGAGCAUAAGUGGACACAAGCUUUACGGCCCCAUGGGUAUCGGUGCCUGCUACGUGCGACGACGACCCCGAGUGCGUCUCGAGCCCAUCAUUACCGGUGGAGGUCAGGAGCGAGGUCUUCGAUCUGGAACUCUGGCUGCCCCCCUCGUUGCUGGCUUUGGAGAGGCUGCCCGUCUGUGUCGACAGGAGAUGCCCUACGACACCGCCCACAUUAAGAAGCUGUCUGACAAGCUCAAGAACGGUCUCCUGGCCAUGGAGCACACUUCUCUGAACGGAGACGCUGAGCACCACUACCCCGGUUGUGUCAACAUCUCUUUUGCUUACGUUGAGGGAGAGUCUCUGCUGAUGGCUCUCAAGGACAUUGCUCUUUCUUCUGGAUCCGCCUGCACCUCUGCCUCUCUCGAGCCCUCUUACGUGCUCCGGGCUCUUGGUGCCGAUGACGCUCUUGCCCACUCCUCCAUUCGAUUUGGUAUUGGUCGAUUCACCACUGAGGCCGAGGUCGACUACGUGCUUAAGGCCGUGCAGGAGCGAGUCAACUUCCUGCGAGAGCUGUCUCCUCUGUGGGAGAUGGUCCAGGAGGGUAUUGAUUUGGAUUCUAUUGAGUGGUCUCAGCAUUAA